AUGACUCCCGAAGACGUCGAAGCCGUUCUCCAAGGACGGGAUGGCGGGGUAGCGGGGCAACUACCUUCCACCGCCGACGAGCAGGGCAAGGUCAAGUUCCUACAGGACGUGUUCGUUGACGUGGAGAAAGCGUGGGCUGCGAGGGAUUCCGGUGUCGUCAAGGCGUAUGCUGAGAAGCUCGCCAUUGGUAGCCGCCAGGACGAGAACCGCGACCGGGUCGUCAAGGCAAACGCCAUACCAAACAUCAUCCAUUUCUCUGCGGACCGCACACUCCGCCCCUUUGCCAUUACAGUUCUCUACAAUAUCAUGGUCGACUAUGCUCCAGCACAGAACCAAGCCUCCAACUCCAAGCUCAGCUCCAAGCUCAUCGACCUCCUCUCCGGACCCAACCUCGACGACGUCCUACCACUAGUAGACCUCAUCUCCAAGACCCUCAACCUAAUCGCCACCCAAGAAUCCGAAGCGACCAACGCCGACCCCAAGACCCCGGCCGUCCUCCUCUCCCUCGCCACCAGCCCCGAGAUCGAAGACGAGGCCGAAGACUUCCUCUCCCUCGUCUCCGUCGCCCAAGAAUACCUCACCCACGCAUCCCUCCAAACCGCCUUCGUCUCCGCCGGCAGCAUGCCCCUCUUCCUCUCCGCCUUCGAAAUCGCCCACUCGUCCCGCUUCGAUUCCUCAACCCUCGACGACACCAAGCUCUCCAACCAGGCCGCCAUCGUGCGCAAGAUCCUCAUCAACGCCCUCUCCGACAUCACCGACAACCCGGCCUUUGCGCAAACCCACCCCAUCUCCAGCCCCAUCUUCCGCCAGCUCGGCGACUGGCUCAACGCCGCCAACCCCGCCCUGCAGUCCGCCGCCUGCCUCGCCCUCGGUAACCUGGCCCGCGACGACGACUCCGCCCUCUCCCUCGUCUCAUCCUACACCGUCCACAUGCCCGUCGUCAAGCUCCUCGCCGACCCGUCCAACACAAACACCCUCCUCAUCCACUCCGCCCUCGGCUUCCUCAAGAAUCUCGCCAUCCCCCACAGAACAAGCGCGUCCUCGGCCCCUCCCUCUUCGCUCCGAGCGUCCUCCCUCGCAUCUGGGCCAUGGAAACCCUGCCCCAGCGCCGCAGAUGCCGUCACCGUAGCAGCGGCGGUCCCGACUCCAGCCCUCACCAACCUCCACAACCUUCUCGCCCUCUUCCGCCGCACCGACGAUCCCGCCAAGAUGGAGGCCGCCCGGGCCGUCCUCCGCGUCGGACGCUAUCAAAGGUACUCUCCCGAAGCGGCGGCCGACAGCAACGACUCCGAGGCGUUGGCGGCCGAGGUCAUGCAGGCUGGUGCUGAGCAGGCUGCUGUUGAUGCCGGGGUGGCCCAGCCGCCGCCGGCAGCCAAGGCGCCAAACGGGUCGAAGAGGGCUGAUCAGGAAAACUCUCUCAUCAUUGCCUGGAACCUAAUUCAGGGAGCCAAAUCAGAGGUUUUAAACGAGGCGGCUGUAGAGGUAGCGGAGACGCAACCAGUAAGACAAAUCAGUGAGUUUGAGGAUUUGGUAAACAAGGCUGGCUCGCUCUUGAGUAGCGAGGCCAAGGAGAAUAAUGUAGAGGCUUCCUAA